UUAUAAGAAACGGCAUAAGCGGUGGGUUUGUUAGACGCACUUCCAUUUCGUCGAGACGGGCGGUGAAGCAGCGUAAUGGAUGCGAAACCCGAUGGUGAUCUGAACCCGAGUCCUCGCGGCUACGCCCUAAGCGGCAAGGUUAUGCUCACAUCUACCGUCGUCCUCUUCGCUGCCGUCCUGCUCCUACUGUUCCUCCACCUCUACUUCCGCUCGCGAUUUUUCCUCCUCCGACGUCGCCAUCGCCGCCUCAGGCGACGCCUGAUCUUCUUCGUCGACGGCGCCGGCGGCACCCUUACCUCCUCUUCCUCCGCCGCCCACCGCGGUCUCAACCCCACUGUCCUCAAAUCCCUCCCAGUUUUCGUUUUCGCCGCCGCAGCGGGCGGCGAGGAAGGGGACGACGACGUGGUGGAGUGCCCGGUAUGCCUGAAUGAGUUCGAGGAGGGGGAGAAGAUGCGGGCCCUCCCGAGGUGCGGCCACCGCUUCCACAUCGAGUGCAUCGACAUGUGGUUCCACUCCCACGCCACCUGUCCCCUUUGCCGCACCGCCGUGGAGGCGUCGGCGCGGCUGCCGCUCCCCACGCCAGUGAAUCAGGUGCUCCUGCCAGUACCGGCGCCGCCGGAACCGGGACGGCCUUAUCCGGCGGAUCUGUUCGAGGAGUGCCGGAGGGAGGACGGAAUCGGGUCGUCGGCCUCGAGCUCCGCCACGGGGGAGCUUAGGAUCGAGGUGCCGAUGAGGGGAGCGGAGGGCGAGCAAGGGUUAGGGUUGAAGUCGCCGGGGAGCAGGAUGCUUCUGCUGACGAGGUUUCUUAGCAGGGAUGCGAGGGUUUGCCGCGGCGGAGGCACGGCGGCGGAGCCCGAUCCGGAGCGGGGAGUAGAGGCGGCGAACAGUACGCCGCCGCCACCGUCGGUACUGUAGCGUUGAGGCAACAGAGAGAUACGAUGGAUGGAUGGAUGGAUGGUAGGCGUCGAUAUGAAGAGGCCGCGGAUACGACGGAGCGUAGGAUUUUAAGGAAUUUUAUUUUCUUUAAUUCUUGUGAAGAUUUUUUAUACAUUAUAUAUAUAUAUAUAUAUAUAUAUAUAUAUAUAUAUAUAUAUAUAUAUAUAUAUAUAUAUAUAUAUAUACCGCGGAUGGAGUGAAGGGAAAGAACGUAAUAGUAGUGGUCACGGGUGUUGUCGGCUUCCAUUGCCUGUAGGACAAGCGAGGAUGCAUCCUGUGAAGUUUCUACCGGUGCAUUGACUCGUCACUGAUGAGUCGGCUGAUGUCACUGGCUGAUGGAAACUAGUGUAACACGAACGCAAGUUUCAUUUGACGAAAACAACUUUUGAUUUUAAA